GUUAUGCUGGCGUAAGCCAACUUUAUGCCGUUACGCUCGCUGAUAUGUUUCUGUUUCUCGGUUUCUGACAAGAACGAAUCAGGAGAGGUGUCUGUGAGGGCAAGCUGCUUCAGGUCAAUGAGGAAAAGCGAGAGACCACACAACUUAAGUGUAGGGAAAUGAGAGCAGUUUGUUCUCAAAGAUUCUAAGCCUGUUGAACUGCUGGCAUGCCAGUGCUCAUGUGUGGCAGGGCUUGUGCUAUGCAAUCACAUUGCAGCAUUGCUGUACCAAACCUCAAAUUACAGCCAACAGGGAGCAAUAGCUGUCCCCCCUACUCACAGCUGUACAGGGUCUGAGCAACAAUGGCACAAACCCAGGACCCAGGGUUUCAAGCCUGGUCCAACAAAUGAGAUGGUAGUGUUGUCAGCUCGGCCCAAGGAGAGAAGAGUGGCUGAAGGAAUCCGGAGUAACUUAUACAAAGGAGCCUGUAACCUGAGCUGUGACCUUCCAGACAUGUCAGUCCUUCGGUUGAAUGACAUCUCCCAAGGCAUGCCAAGGGAAACUGCUCCACUAAUAACAACCAUGGGAAUAGCAGGGGGUGUACCAUUAGUAGACAGUGCCUUUGGAAAAGUCCAAGAAGGUAGCGUUCUCUCCUACCAUCUUCCAGCAUGGACUCCAUCAAUGACACAUCUACAUGUGACUGCACCACCACGACCAUCCUUACCUCUUGAUGGUUACUCUUUGGGGCCCUCGGAGUGUUGUUUUGUGCUUAACUACCAUCAGCAGCUGCACAUGAAAUCUCUUGAAACAUCAGAGAUCAUGGCGCACCAACUUGAGGAAAGCACAAGACAACAGAGCACACUGAAGGAAUGGCACCUUCUAAGAAAGCCACGAGUGACUUCCUCUAGAUUCAGAGAGGUUUGCCAUGUGAGAGGACAGUCCUCAGCGGAGAACCUGGCACUCAGGAUUUUACGCCCAGGUUAUCAGACCGCAGAACUGAAGAGGGGUCUUCAGAUGGAGCCCAAGGCUGUAGAAGAGUACUGCCUUGUUAAGGAUGUAAACCACUAUCCUUGCGGUUUCAUCAUCCACCCAGAUGCACCAUGGCUCGGGUCAUCACCAGAUGGGUUGGUAUACAACCCGAAUGCUGAGCCUGCGUUUGGACUGCUGAAGGUGAAGUGUCCUAAUGUGAGAAGCUAUGUAGACUGUACGUACCUUAGGGUCUCUGAUGGAGUGCUACAGCUAAAAACCAUCUUACACGUACUACUGGCAGGUACAGGGACAACUGCUCAUUACUGGUCUGGAAUGGUGAGAUUUUGUUGUCUAUGCAGAAGAUGACAUGUUCAUUCAAAGAAUAUAUAGGGAUGGCAGAAUCAUGAAAACAAUGAAAGAAAAGGUUGAUUUCUUCUAUUUUUACUUUUAUCUACCUAUGCUUUUGGCUUGAAAAAAAUCAUGCCAUUGACAGUACUUGUUUCAAUCAGUUUUAAUCAGUUAGUAUUUAUAUUAGGUUUUAGUGUUAAUUUGAUCAUCCAUUUCAAAAACUCAUUUAUCCCAGUGUCUAUUAAACUCCUAAAUAGCCAUAAGUAAAAUGAAGAUCAGGCCUGCAUAGAUAGAGAUGCUUUAUUAAUCCCGAAGGAAAUUAAGGUGUCUAAUAUCUUAUACAAAUACACAUACAUACACAUAGGCACACAGACAUAUGACAUCCACGUACACAUACAUAUUACAGAAAUACAAAGGAAGAUAUCUAUACUGUGCCCUCUCAGUAAAAUUAGAUUGUAGAAUGUUUAAAUGAGCGGUGUGCAAAAAAAGCAGAAAGGUGCAAUGGUAACGUAGUGCAAGAGAGUAUCAGUAUCACUCCAGUCCAGAGUAGUCCAUGACGAUGGAGAUUUGUAAUUGUUGUACUUGUGAACUCUCUUUUUUAAUUUAUUUAUUUUAAGUAAUGUUUAACUGAUGCAUUGCAUGACACAAUGUUUGGUUUUAUACACCAUUAGGACCAUUGUACACUCUGUUGUAUGAUGUUGUACAGUAUCUGAUGUUUGUACAUGCUGUCUGAAAUGAUGGACAUAUUUUUUUCCACUGACUGAAAUGUAUUUAAAUUGUUGACUGUAGAACAUGUCACCUUCAAUUACAUAUUUUCUUAUGUUCAUUUGUUCUGAGAUUAUUUAUUUGUAUCUAAACACAGUAUUGUGUAAGUGCUGCUUGUAAUGACCACAGUAAAAUACACGU